GAUUCAAAUAACGGAUAUGACGUAAUGAACAACCCGCUUCGCUGUCAACUGUCCGCCUGAAGUCCAUGUAUGUGUGGCUGCGUAUGUCGCUUCAUCCCCUUUGCUAGUUUGCUUCAUUUCCCUCCACUGCUCACAUUCAGCCCCGGCAGCAGAAUGGCCGCGGCAGCCCCCAACCCGGAGGACUCCGCCAGGAGCAGCAGCGGGGGAAGCAGCGGUACUCCCAGCGCGCUAGCUGGAGACGGAGACGCGGAAGAGGCCGAGGACUUCACGUCCUCCUCCCACUGCUCGGAGCUGUCACGGCGGCAGAACGACCAGAGGAAGCAGGGCUUGUUCUGCGACGUGACGCUGGCAUUCAGCAGCGGAGCAGCCACGGGGAACGUACAGAGCUGUGAGUUCUCAGCCCACAGGUCUGUGCUGGCGGCGGCCACCGACUAUUUUACGCCGCUUCUGGGUGGACAGUUCUCCGAGUCCCUGUCCGGACGGGUGGAGAUGAAGGAGUGGAGCUCCGAGCUGGGGCCGGACCCCGAAACGGUGGAGAGUGUCAUCCAGUACAUGUACACGGGAGAAAUACGAGUGAGCACCUGCAAUGUGCAUGAAGUCCUGGAACUAGCAGAUAGGUUUCUCCUGGUGCAGCUGAAAGAUUUCUGUGGCGAGUUCCUCAAGAAGAAGCUGAGCCUGACCAAUUGUGUGGCUGUGCACAGUCUGGCCCACAUGUACACGCUGGAUCAGCUGGCCCUACGAGCUGCAGACAUGAUCCGGCGCAACUUCCACAAGGUCAUCCAGGACGAGGAGUUCUACACUCUCCCCUUUCACCUGGUCCGCGACUGGCUCUCGGAUGCGGAGAUCACGGUGGAUUCAGAGGAGAUGCUGUAUGAGGCGGUGGUAAAGUGGGUGCAGAAAAACCCGGAGGAGCGAACCCGCUAUUUUGAAGAACUGUUUCGUCUCCUCAGGCUGCCCCAGAUCAAACCCACCUACCUGACCAGAGUGGUAAAAACUGAACGCCUGGUGGCCGCCAAUGAAGCUUGCCUCCAGUUGGUGUCUGCAGCUGUAGAGGGCCACGCUAUUCGCUUUGAGAACCUCAAGUCAGCAGAUCUGGAGUUCUGGUCUUCCCACAUGGCGUCCUUUCAGCCUCGCUUCGGCCAAAACAUGGACGUCAUCAUGGUAGUUGGUGGAGUGUCAGAGGGAGGAGACUAUCUGAGCGAGUGUGUGGGCUACUUCAUCUAUGAGGAUCGUUGGGUGAACCUGCCUCACAUUCACAACCACCUAGAUGGUCAUGCCAUUGCCACCACAGAGUCACAUGUCUAUGUCGCUGGUUCCAUGGAACCAGGCUUUGCCAAGACUGUGGAGCGUUACAACCCAAAUCGCAACACUUGGGAGCAAGUUAGCAACCUGACAACACGCAAGCACUCUUUUGGCUUGACCUGCAUUAAGGACAUUUUAUACAGCAUUGGUGGACACGGUAACUUCAGUCCAGGUUUCAAAGACGUUAGCGUGUACGAGCCGGAGCAGGACAAGUGGCACAAUCUGGAAUCUGCCCCCAAAAUCCUGCGAGAUGUGAAGGCCAUAAGCGUGGAGGAUCGCUACGUGUACGUGACCGCGCGCACACCCGUGGAUACGGAUAAUGAGGACGGAUUGAAGACUGUGACCACUCGGUAUGACACCGAGAGCCGCCAGUGGCAGGAUGUAGACUCUUUGCCACUUAUUGACAACUACUGCAUUUUCCAGAUGGCCGUCGCUUCAACUAAUUUCUACCACACAGCUUCCUGUUGUCCCAAGAGCUACUCUGUGCGGGAUGAGGUGGCCAGGCAGAAGAUCAGUGUGCGGAUCUCUGAUGAGAUCUUGGAGAGCCUGCCACCCGAGGUCACCAGCAUCGAGGGUGCUGCCAUCUGCCACUUCGAUGAAGACGUGUUCAUCAUCGGAGGCUGGAAGAACAGCGACGACGUGGACAAACAGUACCGCAAAGAGGCUUACCGCUACUGUGCCGAAAGGAAGCGCUGGAUGCUGCUGCCGCCGAUGCCUCAGCCUCGCUGUCGAGCCACCGCCUGCCACGUCCGCAUCCCUUAUCGCUUCCUGUACGGCUGCCAGCGGUACCCAAUGCCCCAGAACCUGGCUCGCCAGCGGGACCGCAUGCAGCAGAUGCAGCAGCUUCACCGGCGCACGCUCACUCUGCGUCGGCAGCUCCAGUCGCAGAUAGAAUGCUGAACACAAACUGUUUUUUGCUUCGACCACCAUCCUGACGCCACAUUCGUAUCUAACAAAUCAGAGAUAAACAUGUUGCUCCGAGUCUGGAUUUCAUUCUUUUUUGUGUAACUAAUAUGUGAAAAGCCAUGAAAAGUCUUAACGUGUGUCUGGAAGACUGACUGGUCUGUGUGGAGCAUUAAGGCAGAUGUAAACAUGGGAAUAAGAGUGUUACAUAGCAGCUAAAUGUGGAAUAUUCUCAUUGACUCUGUCGUUAUAGAUGCUGCUUAACUAAUUGUACAUAAAUAGUAUAAAGCUGUAUAUGUGUAUCUAUAUUGAUAUCCUACAUUCCUUUAUUGUUUGCCUCUCUGGAAGAAAAUGUGAUCUUCACUUAUGACAUUCUUAUUAAUGUCUCAUCAUUCCAUAGUAACACUGUGACAAUCUCCUCAUGCCUAAGAGAAGUCUUACUUGCCUAAAUCGUAUUAGGACUAGAAGAAAAGCUUAUGCUGUAGUAUUUUAAGGCUUCCCUGUAAUGUCAACAAUCAUUCCGUGUCUGCCUUUGCAGCCGUACAGUAAGCAUUCAUUCAUUUCAGUCUUCAUCUAAUGCCUGUGUUGGUUCUUUAGGUUUCUAGAGUGGUGAACUGUAGGAUCUCAAAAAGUAGCAAGAAGAUUUCAAUAAAACCACCUCGUCAUUCCAAUUAAUUCCAGAAUUGUAUCCUGCUGUUUCAUUAACUACAGUAUUCCCUACAAUAGUGUGAUCAUUCCGUUUUUAUGUUCCUGCUCCCUUCUGGGCUACUUAACGUUGCAUUUCCAUGUCUACAUGUGUUAAUGUGUUGGAGUGGAUAUAAAUACUUUGCACACAUUUCUGUUUUUGUUAAUGGCAAAAGCUUCCCUGAAAUAGCACUUUUUGGGAUCUAAUUGUACAGUUUUGAAGAGCAAAGUUGUCGCAGCACUUUGACUUGGCAUAUUUCGUUUGUGUCAUAUCAGACAACGUGAUUGUAUUUCGGAAAAUAUUUUCUUAAAUUGCUUGCGGUUGGUUGAUUCAACCUUUGAGCUGGUGUGAUGUAUCGACAGAGUUGUUUCAUGCAUUAAAUGUCUUCUAAAACCCUGUUUAAUCGCACAUCGCUCUCAGCUGGGUGUAUAUUAGACAUGUCGAUGUUCUUUGUCUCAUUUUGUUCACCAAAGAGACUUGAAGAUUAAGGGAUUGAUCUUAAAAGGCAAAAGAAGAGAGCUUGUGAUAUGAAUGUGUUUUGACUGACAUUCAGGAGUUUAAUAUGUCUGCAGAGCUCAACUACAGAUAUGUGGUUACGGAGCGGAGAAAUGAUAUUCAUUUCGACUUUAUGACCAACAUAAAUAGCACUGCAAAUAUUAACAAAAAUAAGCUAUGUAUUAGCUUUGCAUGUGACAGCCUGACAUUGUGUCUUAAUGCUGGAUGUAAUAAAUGCUAAUGUCAUCACUUGCAAUUAAAGCCGUUUUUGUAAAACUGUG